GGGGAGAAGCCUUGAUGGUCUCGGAUGGGAAUGGACCCUUCAGCUAAGGAGAGGGAGACGAGGGAUGGAUGGUGUUCUAGUCAAGGCCGUGCUUCUUUUCGAUUAAAGAGACGUGAGGAUUUGCACAACACCAGUUCCUCUCGAUUCAAAAUUUUGACCUUGUUGAUGUGUCUCUAACACCCGUAUAAUCGGAUUUGUAGGACACCUCCAACAUGUCAAAACACGAAAUCCAAACCCUCAUCUCAGAACAAACCCCCUUCCAAAACUCCCCUCCCCAUCCCUCGUCCACAGACGAACACCAACCCCUCCCCCGCAACCCCUCCCACUCACGCUGGCAUUUCGGCGUCAAAUGCGGGAUCCUCAUCGUCCUCACCGUCCUAAUCAUCAACCUCGCAAUCGCCAUCUACUCCGGCAUCCACUUCCCCCUCUCGGGCGGCCUAGCCACAGUCUACACAGGGGCCUGUUCUAAUUCCAAGAAAUACUCGCUAUGGGCACACUUGGGGAUCAACGCUCUGGGAACGCUCCUCCUCGGCGCGAGCAAUUACUGCCAGCAGUGUCUGUGUGCGCCGACGAGAGAGGAUAUUGAUAGAGCGCAUGCGAGGAAGGAUUGGUUGGAUGUAGGGGUUCCGAGUUUUAGGAAUUUGUGGAGUGGGAGGUUGGCGGGUAAGAGGGUGAGGUUGUGGUGGGUGUUGGCGAUUAGUUCGGUGCCGAUACAUUGGAUAUACAACUCUGCUAUGUUUGAGUCGCUUGCCGGCCAGAUGUACUCUGUAGCGUACGUUUCCGAGGAGUUCGUCAGUGGGCCGCAAUACACGCCUUUCGUGCAGAGGUACAGCAAUAUCUUCCCCGGUUCAACAGAUAUCGAUCUUAACAACAAUACUCUGCUGGAACUUCGAUCGGCCAUGACUUCUUUUGAGAGAUUAUCUCCGUCAGACUGCGUGAAAGCAUAUGGUGUGCAAGUCCCCGUCGGACGCAGAGAUCUCGUCAUCGUCACCAAAGCUCCCAGCUACCCAGUCGAACUUGGCUCCUUCGACAAUCACGAUUUGCACUACAAUGAUCCUAAUGUGACAAAUUCGGCGCUCCUUCUGACCAGCAGUGAGUACGGAAACUGGAUUUACGGAUCUAACUCGUACGACUGGAUAUGUACACUUGGAGACGACUGCUCCACUGCAUCAUCCAGCUUCCUGACUUCUCUUACCCAACAAUGGCAUUUUAACUUCCACUCUGGUGAAGAGAUACAAUAUUGCUUGAGCGAAGUCGUUCCUGAGAUGUGCGAGUUUACGGUGAAUGUUGCUAUCCUGGCUGUUGUAAUAGUCUUGGGUGUGUCGAAACUCAUUUGUAUGGUUUACACCAUCCGUACCAUGCAUUAUGCGCCUCUGAUCACUAUUGGCGAUGCAGUCAGUUCGUUUUUGGCUGAGCCGGAUGCAAAUACGGCUGGUAUGUGUACCUGGAGUAAGAAAGACUUUGUAGCAGGGAAUUGGAAUGCCGAGCCUCGAAUGUGGACUUCUCGACGUCAACGCCGCUUCAGUGCGCUCAGUGUCAAGAGGUGGAUAUUCUGUAACUCGCUCUACCUCAUCACCCUCGGCACCGUCCUCGGCCUCUUCCUCUACGGCAAAUCCGCCCUCGCACUCCCCUCCUCCGCCCUCCUCUCCUCCGGCUUCUCCCAAAUCCAACCCAGCAACCUCCUCACCAACGUCCGGGGCCUCGCCCCUGCCGUCCUCCUUGCAAAUCUCCCGCAAAUCAUCCUCUCCUUCGUGUACCUAACCUACAACGCCGCUUUCACAGCAAUAUGCUUCACGUCUGAAUAUAGCGCUUUCUCGUCACCGUCUUCACGCGCGGGGCUUAAACCUCUUCGUGUCUCGAGACCUAAGGGGAGGCAGAAUUCGAGCUAUUAUCUUAGUUUGCCGUAUCGGUAUGCGGUGCCGAUUAUUGGGCUGUCUAGUAUUCUGCACUGGUUUGUUUCGCAGAGUCUCUAUCUUGUUAAGAUCGAUGUGUUUAGACCUCAAGAUACUCGUCUUCCUACUCAAGCCCUGUCUCUGGUAUCUGAGGCUUCCGUUGCGGUGUGUGGGUUCUCGCUUCUGCCGAUGGUUGCGGUAUUGGCGGUGGGAGGGACGAUGGUGUUGGUGUUGAAUUUGUUUGGGAUGCUGAGGAUGAAGGGGGAUGGUCCGUUGGCGGCGAGUUGUAGUGCAGCGAUCAGUGCGGCGUGUCAUUCGGGGAGGGAAGCGGAGGAGGGUGUGAGGUGGGGGAAGAUUCCGGUUGUGAUGAGAGGGGUUGAUGGAAAAGGAGGUGAACAAUUUGGUCAUUUGGGGUUUGGUGGGGGAGAGGUGGUACGGCCUGUUGAGGGGGAGCUGUAUUCGUAGUUCGGGGCCAGAAGGUUUGUUUUGUUUCGCGUAACAUGGUUAGCUUGGAUUUGUAAUUAGCCCUGGCUUUGUCUUGCUGGAGUCGUUUGACCUACCA